AUGAACCAUACGGGGUUCGUGGUCAGCGACAUGGGGCGGUCGCUGGAUUUUUACCAAGACUUGCUGGGACUCAAACAGGAGCGGAACCAGAUCCUUGAAGGGGAGUUUAUCUCCGAGCUGGUGGGGUAUCCCGACGCCAGGCUGCACAUCGUCUACUUGGGAACUGGCGACUUGCGGCAUUCCGUGGAGUUGAUCCAGUACCUGAACCCUGCGGGGACGGCGGCUCCCAUGCCAGAGCGGCACCAGGUGGGGGCUUCGCACCUGGGCGUAAUAGUGAACGAUCUGGACGCCUUCUACGCGGAGCUUUCAAGCCGGGGGGUGAGGUUCGUAAGCCCGCCAGCCAUACGCCCCGGAGCGGUAUACCCCAUGGCCAGCAAAGGCUGUUACAUGCAGGACCCUGACGGCAACUGGCUGGAGUUGCUGGAACGGCCGCCUGCGCCGGAGGGCACCACGCAGGCCUGA